AUGACGAUGGUGAACGCGCCGAGCGCGGGCGAGAAGACGUCGGAGACGCUUCGCGCGACGGCGGCGCCGGCGAAACCGAAAGCGAACGCGGAGGACUCGCGCGAAGGCGUCGCGAUCGAAAAAGGAGAUUUGAGAUUGUUGACGUAUAACGUGUGGUUCGGAGACGUGGCGCAGGCGGAGCGGUUGGAGGCGCUCGGGAAGGUGAUCGAGACGUGCGACGCGCAUGUGGUGUGCUUGCAAGAGGUGACGCCGCAAGCGUUGUUCGUGUUGCGGGCGCAGCCGUGGUGGGAUGCCUACGUGGUCGGGCCCAAGCCCCCGUUGCAAGAGUAUUUUAGCAUGAUGCUGUUCAAGCGCGUGGUUCGCAGUGAGGUUUUGAAGCGAGAUCAGUACGCGUUUAGAAAUUCGCAAAUGGGACGAUAUUUAGACGUCGUCAGUCAUAUGCGAUGCCCGAGCAGCCGGGCGACGUUCGCGCUCGGUACGUCGCACCUGGAAUCGUACAUCAGCGCCAGUCGAACGAGCGCGCGCGAACGCGCCGUGCAAAUGUCUGAGUGUUUUUCGUGGCUGAACCAGCACGAGAACGCGAUUUUCAUGGGCGAUACGAAUUGGGACGACAAAGAUGGCGCCGUGCCUUUACCCGACGGUUGGCGCGAUGCGUGGCUAGAGGCGCGGCCUGGCGAUCCGGGUUUCACGUACGACGCUCGCAAGAACGCCAUGCUUCGUGGCUAUCUGCAAAAGCGUCUCGAUCGGGCGUUCGUGAAACUCAAGCACUUUGACGUCAAACGCGUUGAGAUGGUGGGCACCGAUCCGAUUCCAGGCGUGACGUAUCAUAAAACGGUUAGCAACCGCGGCAAGGCGCAAAUACUAGAGCUACCCGUUGUGCCGAGUGAUCAUUUCGGGUUGCUUCUCACGCUGCGUGGAAAAUCUCGAAAGCUCGACGAGCGCGGGGGGAACGACAUCGAGACCGUAGACUUGACGUAG